UUCCAGGUGAUUUUCACUCCAAACGGCAUGGAUAUGCGGAUGCUGGAGCCGUGUGAUGCUCCUCUCAGGAGGCACUUCUUGCCCGGGGUGAAAGUGGAGUACAGCGUCUCAGCUCGACAGAGCGCCUACCGUGUACAGAUUCACCGUAUUCAGAUCCAGAAUCAGCUGCCAGGAGCGAUAUUCCCCUACGUGUUCUAUCCUGUAAAACUGCCAAAAUCCAUCACCAUGGAUUCAGAACCCAAACCUCUAACAGACAUCAGCAUUGUAACGAGGACAGCAGGGCACUCUGACAUCUCACGCAUCAAGUACUUCAAGGUGUUGAUUCAGGAGAUGGAUCUGAAGCUGGAUCUUGGCUUCCUGUAUGCCAUCCUGGACCUGUUCACAGCUGAGUAUGCCAGCACCACCAGCUCAGAGCAGGAGGUGGAACUGUUUGAGAAGGACAUAGAGUACAUCAAAACAGAACUGAACCACGUCUCUGCUGCAGACAACUCUCCAGUCAGCCUCUAUGAGUACUUCCACAUUUCACCCAUCAAGCUUCAUCUGAGUUUCUCUUUGAGUUCUGGAGGAGAAGACGGCAUGAAGGAGAAGAGAGACAAAGAGCUCAUUCCUGUCCAGUCGCUCAACCUGCUGCUGAAGAGUAUCGGCGCCACACUCACCGAUGUGCAGGACGUUGUCUUCAAGCUGGCCUUCUUUGAGUUGACCUUCCAGUUUUGUACAACCCAGCAGCUGCAGUGGGAGGUCAUCAGGCAUUACUCAAAGCAGGCUAUUAAACAGAUGUAUGUUUUGGUUCUGGGCCUGGACGUUCUUGGAAACCCUUUUGGACUGAUCAGAGGGCUGUCAGAAGGAGUGGAAGCCUUUUUCUAUGAGCCUUAUCAGGGAGCCAUCCAGGGGCCUGAGGAGUUUGUUGAGGGAAUGGCUCUGGGCGUGAAGGCUCUGGUGGGAGGAGCUGUAGGUGGUAUAGCGGGCGCUGCCUCCAGGAUCACAGGCGCCAUGGCAAAGGGCGUCGCUGCCAUAACGAUGGACGAAGAAUACCAGCAGAAGAGACGAGAGGCGAUGAACAAACAACCCAGCGGCCUGAGAGAGGGGCUGACCAGGGGAGGAAAGGGAUUAGUGUCUGGAUUUGUCAGCGGGAUAACAGGGAUUGUCACCAAACCAAUCAAAGGAGCCCAGAAGGAGGGUGCAGCUGGAUUUUUUAAAGGUUUUGGGAAAGGUCUGGUCGGUGCAGUCGCCAGACCAACGGGCGGCAUAAUCGACAUGGCCAGCAGUACUUUCCAAGGGAUCAAAAGGGCAGCGGAGACUUCACAAGACGUUGAAUCUCUUCGCCCUCCUCGCUUCAUCCACGAGGACGGUGUCAUACGCCCAUAUAAGAAGAGGGAGGGCUUCGGCAGCCAGAUGCUCCAGAAAAUUGAGAAUGGACGUUUUGCCAAGUACAGAUACUUUGCUCACGCUAAGGUCAACGACUCGGACUUCCUCAUGAUCACAAAAAGGGGAGUAUUUUUUGUGACUAAAGGCACGUUUGGUCAAUUUACCUGUGAGUGGCAGUAUCUGUUUGAGGAGUUCACCAAGGAGCCGAUGAUCGUAGAGAGCCGUCGACUACGCAUCGAAGCCAAGGAAAGAGUGAAAUCAGUCUUCCACGCCAAGGAAUUUGGAAAGAUCAUAAAUUUCAAAACGUCUGAGAUUGCCACGUGGGUUCUUUCCAAACUGGAAGAAGCAAGAGAGAGUUUACCGAAGUAAUGAGCAAUCAAGACGAGUUAGAAAACACACACAGACACACCACCUGUGUGUGAGCCAGUGCCUUCGUUAAAACUGCAUGCUACUGUUGUUUACCUUUAAACACACAACAAACCAGUACGUUGACUGUUGGUGUGUGACGGAGGUAAAAAAACAAAAUAAAAGCUCAGUGAGUAGUGUGUAUGUGUGCAUGCCAAGAAAAAAAGUGCUACAAAUGGUCAGCUGGUGACUUGCAUUCAUUUAGCUCAGAUCACACUGAACCAGACUUCACAGUCUUCAGUCUGUUUGCACUCAUCAUCUGUAUCAUUGAUUUUUAAAGACUGAUUGUAUUGACAUUAAAGCUGAAUCUUACGUUCUAAACACACCUCAUCACUCAUCUGCAUUCAGAGUCUUUUCAGUUUGCCUUUAUAGUGCCACAGUUCAGUUUGCCACACACACACACACACACACGGUGUCGAAGCAUCGCUUACAACAUUGAGGCCAAAUCAAGCAUAAUUGUUGUAGCACAAUUAACAUUGUUGUACAUUUUACUGGAUUAUACAAAAGGGACACUUAUUUAAAAUGUGAGGUGAGGCUUUAUAACACGUAAUUUAAACUACUGUGUCUGCUUUCUUUUACUUUCUUACUCUAUAUUCUCUUUCUUUUAUACAUUUUCUGCAAAAAUGACGACUGUUCAGUGUGUGAUUUAGAGACGCAUGUUAUUUUUAUAUUGUACUGGGUAUCAGUCUGCUGUAUAUUGAUCUAAUAAAGUAUUCUAUCUGUAUAUAUAUAUCUAACCUCACACGGUGGCCUGUAUUGAGGCAUUACAGGUUGUAAUUUUGUGAAUUUUUUGUUUUUAUACCACACAUAUGCAAUGCCAAAUAUAUUACUGAAUUAUGCAGAGAGAAUAUAUUUAAAAAGAGAGAAAUCCUAAUAAUGGUCAGCUGCUGUUUACUAUGUGGGAAUGGUUUGACAUUUGCUUUGGUUUUUCGGGUGCUACGCAGCUUAACUCGACAAAUAGUUUCUGUUUUCAUGUUUGUCAUUUAUGCUUUUGGUGGCUUCGUGUUUUUCUCCUAAUGUUUUCAAACAAGAUUUAAUAAAAUGUGUGUUUCAAGUUU